CUGUGGAGAAUUACCUGCAGAACCAUGAGCUCAGGAUCAAGUUGCCUGAGCUGAUGCCAGGCGAAGGAUUCGGAAGGACUUUCAAGGAUGCCAUGGAAGGAUUCGAUAGCUCCGCCACCGGAACUGCCAGAGGAAAGGGCGGUAAAGGAGGUAUGGGUGGAAUCAUGAUCAUGGGUUUGAUGAUGGGAAAGAUGAUGGCCGCUUUGGGUCUCGGCGGUGUCGGUCUCUUAGCCAUGAAAGCAUUGAUGGUCUCCGCUUUAGCUCUGAUGCUCUCCAUGGUCAUCGGCCUCAAGAAAUUGGUUUCCUCCGAGCACGACGACGGCGGACACACCGUGAUCCACGCCUCCCACGGACACGACCAUCACAGGAGGAAGCGCGAAGCCACAGACAUGGCCUACCAAGGAUGGGCCGACCAACAAAGCUAA